CUGGCCAUCAAGUGCCUGGGGCGAGAUGAGAGGUCGUGAAACAGAGUGGGCUCGGACUGCCGCUGUCUGCGAGAUGCUGCUGCGCAGAAAGGAAGGCCAGCAGCGCAACAGCGAGCAAAGAGUGUGGGGUCGAGCUGCAGGAGGCUGCACGUGCAUGCAUGCAUGGGAGGAGGGCGCUGUCCAAGCGUGCAAGGGCGCUCGCCGUUGCUGCCGCUGCAGUGCGGGGAAGGCAAGCGGCAGCGAAUGAAGCGAGGGCAGGAGCGAGCAAGAAGGCGAGCGUGGACGGCAGAGCGGCAUGCUGCCGGGCGACAGCCGCCGGCGAGCUGCGGCUGUCGAGGGCACGCUGCGAGGGACGGGUGCCGCGUGGACGCCUGAUGAGCCCAGCCUUCCUCGGAGCGGAGGCCGUUGACACUGUUUUUCGCGCUGAGCGCGCUCUAACGUUGGCUGAGCGCGGAGGGAAAUGUCUCGAGCGCUCCUGCGGCGAGGCGGCGACAGGAGAAGCACAUCGACGCAGGCGGUGGAAGCUUUCCGGUGGCGGCGCGGCGAUGAUGGAGCGGCACUGACGGCACGGCGGCGGCACGGCUGCAGCGGUGCACGGGCGCGCGGCGCCGCCUCGCUCGCCGAGUGCCGAGGCGGUCGCCGGUCGCGGCGCCACACAGGCGGCGUGCCCAGCGCAUGCGCGCGCUCAUCACCGUGCGGCGCGCGGGUGAGAUGGGCACUUUGCCCAUGUGCCUUCUACCGCCUCUUGCAGCCGGCAGUCUAGUAG